ACAAGACGUCUUUUAGACGUCUUAAGAUGUCUUUUUUUAAUCUUCUGUUAGAAAACGCUAUUAAGAUGUCUUUAAUGCAUCUUCUUAAGAACGUCUUUCAAAAGACAUCUUUUAUACGUCUUUUGAAAGUAAAUAAAUGCGAAUCCUGUAGUAUACGCAUUUUAGAUGUCUUUUAGAAGAUCUUUAAAAGACGUCUUUUAAAAGACAUCUAAAAGUUAUCUAAAAUAUAUCUUUUAAAAGACGUCUUUCUCUUUUUGCUAUAAUGCAUCUAAAACGCGUCUUUUAAAAGACGUCUUUUCCUACUUCUAAAAGUGGUCUAAAAUGCGUCUUUUAAAAGACGUUCGAUUUUUUAUAUGGAAAAUUCGAUUUAAAAUAACGGGGGUGUUCGCAAACUUAGUUAGCAUGUUUAUUUUGUAGGAAAUCAAUUUUUCACGAAAUUGAAAGUGGUAAUUGUCACUUUUAAUUAUUUUUAAAUACUAAUGUAUUUUGGCGACCCUUCAUAAUACGUUUUUAUUUCAUUACGUCGUAAUUUUGUUUUCCUGCACCCCCUGACGGAUAUUCUUUGACACUUGACCAUUGGAACACUCAAUAAAAAUUGGCGGUAGUUUCAUGAAAGCAUCUGCGGGAUACCGGUCGUUUAAAAAGUAAGUAUUUUUGUUUUGUGAUUCUCGGAAUAGAGUACAGCGGUUUUUAGUACUAAGUCUAAAGGUCAAAUUCGUGUUCGGUUUCCCUGGACACAAAAAGUCGGUCCCGGCCAUCUUUUACAGAAAGAUGGCGAUAUGUAAACAAGCAAACCCAGCUAGCCAGCCAGUAGUCAAAAAAAAGGACAAAGACUGGAAAGAAAAUAUUAAAGAAAUCAAAUUUGUUUUCUGGUUUUGGUGUUUAAUGAAGGAACCGUUAUUUUUAUUCUAUAUGCUUUUAUUUUUAGACAAAAACUAUUUCUUUUAACCUUGAAAGAAAUUGAGAAAAUGUAUAUAUUUUGUUUUUGUUAUACACUGCUGAAGCUAGCUAAUUAGUUAUUAGGUAGCACCUAGCUAUAUAGGACGCUAGCUAACUUCAAGCUAAAUGGAAAAUACUGUCUAAUUUUAUCUUUAUCUAACUCUAAUCCUAACCCUGUCUUAUUGCUCUUCGGUACAAACUGUCAAUGGAAGCUCUGCCCUCCGCCUUUCUUCCUUUACCAGUCAAUCAACAAAGUCAAUUUUUCAUAUUUACCAUUCAUGACACUGUCCAGGUGUUUCAGAGUGAUUUUAAUCUGCAGAAAGUUCAGUUAUGCCAUGUUUACAUAAUAUCAACAUACAUAAAGAGACCACAUAACUAAAAACUAAUUAUAUUUUGGUGUCAUUAAUGAAAACAUGUUUUGGUAAAAUAAAAUUUAUAUAUAUAUACAUUUUGUUUUUUAAAUUUGAAACAAACCUUCAACUAAAUUUUCAGAUACUGUCACUUUGGGCAAUGAAUGAUUCCCGUCUCCGCAAAGAAAGGAGAUUGGUUAAUCAAAAAGUUGACGAGAUUUUAAACGGUGAAGAUAGUGAUCAACAUGACCUGUUAAGCAAUCCUUCUGACAAUGAAAAUGAUAGAUGUAUCAGUUGUGAUGACGAGCCUUUAGAUUCCUCAUUCUCAUCAAAUGAAAAUGAAAUUCUGUAUAACAGUCUGGAUACAGUGACCAAUCCAGAAUCAUUAAUUUUAUCUGACAUUUCACGAUGGGCAGCUAAAAGUGGAUGUUCCAGAGAGUGUUUAAAUCAACUUUUGUUGAUAUUACGUAAACAUGGCAUGACUGAACUUCCUGCAGAUAGUAGAACUCUACUUGAAACACCACGUCAUGUCGAAACUGCUCAUAAAUGUGGUGGAAUUUAUUCUUAUGUUGGUAUUGUUAAACAAGUGAAAAAGAUGUUAAAACUUCACCACUGUCUUAUGAAUGAAAACAAUCUUUUUUUGACAGUAAACAUAGAUGGCCUUCCUUUGUCAAAGUCAUCUCAAUCACAGUUAUGGCCGAUCCUUGGUUCGUUGAACAACUCUGACAGUGUUUUUGUUAUUGCUCUCUAUCAUGGCACCUCAAAGCCCAAUUCUACAAAUGAAUUUUUGGAAGAUUUUUUAAACGAAGUAAAUUUUCUUCAGAUAAAUGGCCUGGAAGUUGAGGAAAAAACAUUUCAAUUUUUUUUAAAAGCAUUUGUAUGUGAUGCACCGGCAAGAGCUUUCUUGAAGUGUGUAGUCGGUCAUACUGGGUAUUAUUCAUGUGAGAGGUGUAAUAUAAAAGGCCAGUAUAUUGACAACCGAGUAGUAUUUCUUCAUGAUGGUUCAGAAAUAGCAAGGAACGAUCAACAUUUUAAACAAUUUUUAUACCAUCCACACCAGAAAUGUAUCAGUCCAUUAGUCUCUCAGCUUAAUUUUGAUUGUGUGUCAAAGUUUACAUUGGACUAUAUGCACCUUGUGUUGUUAGGAGUGAUGAAGCGUAUGUUGCAGUUCUUAACUAAAGGGCCACUUCAAAUCAGGUUAUCAUCUAAUCACAUCUCACAAAUUUCUUCUCGCUUGAAUAAUAUUUCUGGUUCUAUGCCAACAGAAUUUAAUCGUCAACCAAGGCCCUUACGUGAUCUUCCAUACUGGAAAGCAACUGAAUUCAGGCAGUUUUUGCUAUAUCUUGGUCCAGUUGUUUUGAAAGGGAUUGUUUCUCAUAAUGUGUAUGAACACUUCCUUGGUCUUCAUAUUUCAAUGAGCAUCCUUCUAAAUGAUUCUAGUCAAUCUCGUUAUCGACUUUUGGGUUAUUGUCGAGAAUUAUUACUCUGGUUUGUCAGUAAAUCAAAAGAUGUUUAUGGAAGAAAAUUUAUCUCUUACAAUGUCCACUCAUUGAUCCACUUAUGUGACGAUGCUGAAAAUUUUCAAAGUUCCUUAAACCACCUAUCAGCUUUCAAAUUUGAAAAUUAUAUGCAGGUGUUGAAAAAAAAUGUUAGAAGUAAUAAUAACCCGGUUGCCCAAGUUAUCAAACGAGAAAGUGAAUUGUCUUCUUUGGUUGAAAAGUCUAAACCCACCCCAUUCAUCUCUGCUGAUCACCUGAAAGAUUCUUGUUUUUUACUUGAAUCAGGAAAGUUUUGUGUUGUUAAUGAAGCUCAAAAACAUUCUAACCAAAUAAUUGGGACAGUUUUAAAACCUUGCAGCCUUGGAAGUAUUUACAAAUCACCAGCAGAAUCAUCUUUGUUAAAUAUCUUUUUUGUUGAAAAGAUUACUGGUAAACGAAAAGAAUUUCCAAAAAACAUGUUGAAAAGAAAAGUUGUUUGUUUACCACACCGAAAUGGUUUUGCUCUUUUUCCUUUUCUACACGAAUUUGAAAAAACAAAGUAUUAGAACUUACUUGUUAUUCAUGUUUGGCUUUACAUUGCUUAAUAUGAAAAAGUGCAUAAAGCAUAUAACUGUAUAUAUAUAUACUAUAUUUAUAUGUUUUUACAUUUUUACAAAUUAAUAAGUUUCUCUUUUGUGAUUAUUUGUUGAGCAAAUUGUGUUUUCUUUCCGAUUGAGCAACUUUUAGGAACGAAAUUCUAGUUUGAGUGAAAAGCCAUUAUAUACUUUAGGUACUUACACAAAAAUUAGUGUAUUUUGUUGUAACUCAAGUUGACCUCUACUAUUUGGGAUCCAUUUUACAUAAUUUUUCAGUUGAUAUAGUUGAAAAGGUUACAUCUUGUUACAUAUUGUGUGUACAAUAUAUUAUAAUUACAAAUAAAAAUAAAUAUGAAUAUAUAAAUGAAUUGUAUAUAUAUAGCCUGAUAUCCCAUUUUAACAUUGAAUGAUAUUUUUAUUAUUUGAUCAUUAUCAUUUAAUGUCGACAUCAUGACUCAAAUCGGAAAGCAAUGUAAAAUUGUUCAGUUUUAACUUUAUGACUUUAAAAAUAAACAUCUGUUUAUCGAUAAACGCAUUGGUGGGAACCAGGCUUUAGUGAUUUUAUUUAUAUUCUUAAUUUUGAAACUAGCAUUAUUGUAAUACCUUUAAUUUACACAAUCUAGUUUAUCUUUUUAGAAACAACAAAUAUCACAAAUUGGCGGGGUGGACUACAGAGAUGCUGUACGUCUCGCAAUGAAUAGGAUCUUCACCACUACAUUCAUGGCGCAAGCCAAUUUAAAAGGCAAGAAAGACAAAGUCCCGCUGGAAGGGAAAUUAAUUUAUAGAAUUAUAGUAGAAUCUGUCAACGAGCGUUUUAAAGAUGCGAACGAACAAGAGAUGAGACGCAUAAUUGGAACCAAACUUCGAAACGCUCCCAGUCAAAGGAUCAGGGACAUAAGGGGUACCUUAAAUGUAUAAAUUUCCAAAAAACAAAUAAAAAGCCCUUUCGACUUACCUCA